AUGACCUUACUGCCCGGCGCAAUGAGGCCUGUUGAGGCAACGGGAGGGCAGAGAGGCUACGCCUUACACCCACAGCAUAGCGCAGCUAAUAUAGACAUAACGGGGCCUUUGGAGAGAGAGCUGAAGGCUGAGGGCGAGGAAAGCCAGCUCCCCCUUGCGCUGCGGGCAGCCGCCGGGAAGGAAGAGCCUUUGCAGCCGGAGAACGUCAUUAAGCUUUCGUUGCUUCAGAGUUUUCUGCUGCGCCUUCACGCAGGCAUUGCGGGGACCGAGGGUGGAGGGGCAGUAGGAGCUGCUGACGUGCUCGCCUUGCGCGUAUUGAGGCGGACACAUGGAUUAGCAGUGCGGCGAUCAUUCCUUUUACCAGGGUUCGUCUCCACGCCGACUGUUUCUCGACUGACGUCGGAUGAAGUGAUCCAGAUGCGUAAUGAGCUCUUCACCAAAGAGAAAGAGAGACAGUUAUCUCUGUAUCCACGAAUUGAGAAAAUCGAAGUAAAAUACACUGGGAAAUCUCACCCUGGCAGCGUGUUUGUAAUGAACAAAGCUUUGUCUACUCCGUACAAUUGUGCCAUGCACUUAAGUGAAUGGCAUUGCAGGAAAUCCGUUCUAGCUCUUGUGGAUGGUGAAGUCUGGGAUAUGUAUAGACCCUUGACCAAAUCAUGUGAAAUUCAGUUCCUUACUUUCAAAGAUGAAGAUCCAGAGGAAGUAAACAAGGCCUAUUGGCGUUCCUGUGCCAUGAUCAUGGCAAGUGUGUUAAAGCGGGCGUUCAAAGACGAGUACUCGGUGAAUCUGAUUAAAGCUCCAGAAGUGCCAGUGAUCUCCGGAGCCUUUUGUUAUGAUGUAAUUUUGGACGAUAGACUGAAUGACUGGAAACCAACAAACGACAACUUCCGUUCUCUUACAAGGGAUGCCAGAAAGCUAAUUCAUAAAGACCUGCCAUUUGAAAUGCUGCAUGUUGAAGCAAAAGUAGCACGUGAAAUGUUUCAACAUAACGGAUACAAAAUGGAGAUGAUAGAACGAAAAGCUUCUCAGAAUAUGGAAGGAAUUGUAACGUUACAUAGGUUUGGUGACUUUGUAGAUGUUAGUGAAGGCCCUCAUAUUCCACGGACAAGUUUCUGUUUCCAGUAUGAGAUAACGGCAGCCCAUAAUCUUCAGACUAACCCAUCUCAAUUGAUAAGGAGGUUUCAGGGUGUGUCCCUGCCAAUCCAUUUGAAGGCUCACCACACCGUGUGGCACAAACUGCUGGAAAGAUCGAAGAGGCUGGUCACUGAAGAAAAAUAUUUGGAAGCAGCAGCAGAAUGUCAUGAGGCAAAAGAUGGAACUGAAGAAGGAAAAACUGUCAAUAUAAAUUAACCUCUAAAUGUACAUAAUAAAAUGUGUAUUUUUACAUGACUGACUUGUGCUG